CGUGUGUAUGAGUUUUGAAGGAGAUCUAUCACUGCCUAUGCUUUCCAAAUCAGGGUGGAUGAAGAAUUUCUCCUGACCUUGGCCAAGGACAAUUGUCUGAUCGCCAGCGUGAAGAUAGUAACAAUAUAGUUCCUCGGUGGCCUUUCCCUCUGGAUUUGUAGUUUCAUUGCUACUCCUCGAUCCUGCUCAAAUUCUAAGUGAAGGGAGUAAUUUAGUGAAUUCUGAAGUGGAAUUGACUCGAAGCACAGUGGGGGGACGACUUGAGUAGAUUUUACUCCAGUUGUCUUUGAGUUCCAGGAAGCAUGGCGUCUUUCUUCGGCGGUGGCGGGGGAAAGAGUUUAGAAGACACUAUGUUUGACCUCAAGUUUACAAUGAAGCAGAUGGAGCGUGCAUCGAAGAAAUGUGAAAAAGAAGAGAAAGCACAAAAGUCGAAAGUCAAGAAGGCGCUAGAACAGAAGAAUACGGAGGGUGCCCGCAUCUAUGCGGAGAACGCUAUUCGCAAGAAGAACGAGGGCCUGAACUACUUGAGAAUGUCGGCGCGGAUUGAUGCGGUAUCUCAGCGUGUCCAGACGGCCAUGAUGAUGAAACAGACCUCCAAGCAGAUGGCUGGUGUUGUCAAGGGAAUGGACAAGGUUCUACAAGGCAUGGACUUGCAGAAGAUUGCAGCAGUUAUGGACAAGUUUGAAUCACAAUUUGAACAUCUGGACACUCACACGCAGGUAAUGGAAAACAGCAUGAGUGCCGCCAUGACGCUCAGCACACCGGAGAACCAGGUUGAAUCGCUGAUGCAGGAAGUAGCUGAAGAGAGCGGUCUAGACAUAAUCGGGCAGCUGGGCUCCGCCAAGGCACCACGGCAGGGUGAGAUCGCUCCAGCUGCUUCAGACACACUCACACAGAACGAAGAAGAUCAGCUGUCUAGAAGACUUGCGCAGCUACGGGAGGCUUAGUGGAGAGAAUGAACGCACGACCGCUGUAUAUUGCAUGGUUCAUGCUGCCCUGGCGAUGUUGGACUGCUGUGUCUCUUUCCACUGUGUGUGUGUGUGUGCGUGUGAGAAAACAAGCAGAAUGGAAGGAAAGAGGCACACCAUUGUCGCCGCUCCCAUUUCAAUACCCUUUCUCGCAUCACCCGUUCGCCCUAGCUGUCGACGAGAGAUUUCUCCACGGCGCUAGUACUUAGUAGCUCACUGCUGACCUUCUGUGGUACGAAGGUUUCUUAGCCGGUUAUAUAGCCCUUCUCAGAUCCCCUGUACAUAGUUGUCAUGGUAACCUUCGAAUUGUAGCCUGGGCAACUAGAUGAUGUUGGCACUCAGUGUUUUCGUUCAGGCUAAGAUUGGACGCUUGUGUUAAAUGUGCUCUGUACUCAUCGGCCUUGCUUGGUAGCCGUGGUGUUGCUCACCGGCCUGCCAUACCCCCCCCCCCCCCCGGGUCUGUUUUACAAUGACAGUAUCUGUGACCGGUUUUGUUCCCUGCGGCAAUGAACUGAUUGAUCUAGUGUUUAUCUUGUAUGUCUUCCGCCUCAUGUCGGUCAUUGCCCUGGAAUGCUUGUACUGUAAUACCCCCCCCCCCCCCCCGCCACUCAUCAGUUGUGAACAUGCCAUUGCUGAGUCACCGCUUUUAUUAACACUAAUGAUACUGCUCUUCGCUCGUCUGCUUCUGUCUUUCAAGUUGCGGACGCGUUUUGUUUCUUUGCCUUCAUUUUAUGUUGCUUGUUUGUUUGUUGCUGCUGUUGUUUGUUUGUUGCUGCUGUUGUUUGUUUGUUGCUGCUGUUGUUGAACUCGUUGUAACCACCAUGUCUCUCUAUCUCUCUUAUUAUGCUGCUGCUGCUACGGAUGAUGAUGAUGAUGAUCUGCAGGUUGGAUCAUACAUAGCUUCGCCAUCUCUUCAACCCUCCUACAUGCUGUUCAUCUCUUCAACCCUCCUACAUGCUGUUCGUAAUACGAACCAAAAUUCUCUUGAAGUAUUGCAUAGGGAGGGCCCCGUGAACAUUUGA